UAAUUGCCUGCGGGUAGCUUGAAGAUCCCGACAAGCAGCAACAAUCCAGUCAGAGCAAAAAAUGAUGUUGGAUGUCGAUAGCGAGGCAUAUUCUUCUUCGCGGCUGAGGUCACGGACGCGCGUCCAGGCCGCGCGGCAGGAGCUAGUCUGUCCUAUCUGCAUCGAGACGUUCAGCGAGCCGAGGACGCUCGCCUGCCAGCACACCUUCUGUACCGCCUGUCUACUGCAGCUCGCCGCCAGCGCCAGCCGCAAAACGGCGCGGCCCCCUCUGCCGCUCAAACCGUCGGCCGCCGGUGGCGGAGGAACUGCUCCGUCUGCAGAAAUCGCGAUCGCCUGUCCGGAGUGUCGCGCUAAUAUAAUCCUCCCUGAAAACGGAGUUACAGGUCUUCCAAAGAACUUCAAGUUGGAGCGCAUCAUCGAAAUCCUCAGCCCGGACGAAAGAGAGGAGCUAAAUCGUGGAUCUGUUCAGAAGAUGCGCAUGUUUCGCUGCCUCACCCACACCAAGAAAUCGGCCGAUUACUUCUGCACCACUUGCAACAGACUGGCCUGUGGCGAUUGCUUGCUGGAACUGCAUCUCAAUCACGAAGGGGUUAAACGUGCAACCGAAGUCCUAGCCGAGCACGUGGAAGAGCUGAAAGGGUUAAUUCCCGAAUCACGCGAGGCUUUGGAAGCCGGCGAAGCUUCUCUCUGUUCGAUCGAAUCACUCGCAGAAUCGGUCACACAAGAGGGCGUGGAUGCAAUUCAAGGCGCAAAAACUUACUUCGCCAAGAUUCACGACAUCCUCAAAAAACGCGAGUCCGAAAUCGAAAGAGAGAUCCUGGGACAGAUUGAAACAAGUCGGGGAAAAAUCGAGCGUGGGAGUUCGGCUCUGGAGGAGUCCCUCGAAGAAUUUCGAGACUGCACGCGAGAGUUGGAGCAAGCAACACGGAGGGAAAAUUUCGAGAUUUUGGCCAAGGAAGAUGAGCUGAAACACCGGUUGAACUCGGGUAGAGAGGCGCUCGAAGCGUCGUGCAGCGAAGCUUUGAAACUGAAAGAUAUCACGAUCAAACCCCCACCUCUCGGCGACACGAAACUGGAGGUUCUUUGUCGCACUUUGGGCGCCAAGCCUCCCAAACCGUUGCCGCGGAAACAAAAAGUUAAACCAAGUCCUCCCUCUCCUUCAUCUUCCUCGUCAGACACAAUUUCCAGGGUGAAUGCCGUUGAUGUUGAAUAUGACCUGGUGGUGGCCCGUGGUAAUGAAGCAGGGAAGGAAGAUUUGACUGGGAACACAGACAUCUAUGUUACUGCAGCCGAGAUCUAUUUCCCACUACCCAAACCACCCCUCCGUAACGAAUCGUAUCGCUGGCAACCGACCGUCGUCAAACCCGAAUUGAUAUGGAGCCCGCAAAACAUGUCCACCUCGUUCUUCCAGUCGUCGACUGGCUCGGUGUAUCCCCGUGGAGUGUGCUGUGGGGUGUCAGGAACUGUGCUUGUGACAGAUAUUCACAAUCACUGCGUCAGGAUCCUUGCGUCGACCGGCAAGUGUCUCGAGGUUGUGGGAAAGGAGGGGAAAAGCGACGGAACUUUUGGUGAACCGACGGCAGUGACUACAGAUUGCGACGGAAACAUGCUAGUGUGCGACCUUUGCCCUCCGAGACUGCAGAAGUUUUCUCCUCAGGGAGUCUUUGUGAAGAAGAUGAACACUCGUUAUCUUCGGGGCAACCCACUUGGCGAGCCGUGGGGCGUGGCAGUUGGACACGACGGUACUAUCUUCGUAUCAGACUGGGACAAGUCCUGCAUCCACACCUACAGCGACAGCGGACGCUAUUUGAACAACUUCGGGGCGUCCGGUUCGGACACACCGCUGAAAUAUCCCGCCGGUAUCGCAAUCGAUAAACGUGGGAGAAUCGUUGUCGCCGAUCGUGGGAACCACGUUGUGUGUAUCUACACGCCAGACGGAAACCUGUUAAACCGGUUUGGGAAGAUGGGACGUGCGCCCGGCGAACUCUACUUCCCGUUCGGCGUUGCCAUCAGCAAAGACGGGGCAAACAUUUUCGUCUCGGAGAGCGGGAACCAUCGGAUUUCGGUGUUUGAUUCACAGGGAAAGUUUCUUCGCUGUUUUGGGAAGAAGGGGAGCGAGCCCGGCAUGUUUCAUCUUCCACGACACAUGUGCAUCGACAAGAACAAACGGUUGUUUGUGAGCGACGAACAAAACCAGAGAAUACAGAUAUUUACCUCUUACUAAGUUUCACUUUUCGUUUUGUACAACAACCAUAAUAUGUUGACUCAUUAUUUAUGCAGUAGUUUAUUUAAGCAUUACACACACACGCACACACACACGCACACUACACUUUCAGCUCCAUUUCCCGUGCUAUAUAUACAUCCAUCAACUGUAGCACUACAUAAUUAUUAUGAGUAUAAUACACUGCAUUGCUAUGAGACGCGGUGCUCUAACAGCCAUAUUACGAGACCUAGUGUAAGUUUUCUACAGUUAUUGACGGCGCUCGUGGAUCCUCGAAACGAUCCACAGUUACAACACUGAAGGCAAACACCACCGAUAUAUAGAGGACGAUGACGAGUAUGACGACACUGAAGACCCCCAUGGUCGAUGGUAGAGUGAAGUAUCCGUUGCAGUCAUAGACCGUGUUGAACACUAGGGUGUCACCACUAAAACUGGUGUACCCGUAAGCUUGGAUCUGAGAAGGAGAUUGGAAAGAGAAGGGACAA